AAUAUCUGCAAGUUUUCUCGCGCCUGCGUAGAGGGGGGUGGGGAGAUAGAGCGGGAUACCCCUAAGGCGUCGUCCUGGCCUCCAAAAACGAAAACGGUCGCCAUUGUUCGUAAGGUGUUCCGAGAGUGCAGACCCUAAGUACUACGUGUGAUUUAAACAGUUAAUUCAAAAUGGCUCGUACCAAGCAGACUGCUCGUAAAUCUACUGGUGGUAAAGCUCCACGUAAACAGCUUGCCACCAAGGCUGCUCGUAAGAGUGCCCCAUCAACUGGAGGUGUCAAGAAGCCCCAUCGUUACAGGCCUGGUACUGUCGCUCUUCGUGAGAUUCGUCGUUAUCAGAAAUCCACAGAGUUGCUCAUCCGCAAAUUGCCAUUCCAGCGCCUCGUUCGUGAGAUUGCACAGGAUUUCAAGACUGAUCUGCGUUUCCAGAGUGCAGCUAUUGGUGCCCUGCAAGAGGCUUCCGAAGCUUACCUUGUCGGCCUCUUCGAAGAUACAAACUUGUGCGCCAUUCACGCCAAGCGCGUCACUAUCAUGCCUAAAGACAUCCAGUUGGCUCGGCGUAUUCGAGGAGAGCGUGCUUAAGAGCAAGAAAUCAUCCUAUCUGACAAUAACAACUACAGUUAAAAAUUUCCUUCCCUCCCACAACGCUCCAUUUUUUUAAGCGAAGCAUUUUUCAUCGUCCCGCCACUACCAAAAUUUUUUAGAAUUUUCAAACUCGGAAAGGCCCCUUCAAAUAUAAAUCAAUCAAAUCGAUUUUUUUUUUUAUUAUUAUUUUUUAAAACACCAAUUCUUCCCCCGUUUUGGACUUUGGUCGCGCACCCGCCACGAUCUCAUAAACCGCACUUCAUGUUUUUUCCGGUGUGGAGGGAUUUUUGUUGUACGUUGUAUAAGCUAAAAAACAAACAAACAAAAAAAAGUAAAAGAAUCAGAUCGGAUUAAUAUGGUCGUUCCCUCAUCCUUCAUUACUGUCUGUCGCGUGAGGACAGCUCAAGAAUAAUAAAUCUUUAGGUAUCAUCUACGAAGAACUAGAAUCGGGAACGAAAUUGUAUGCUGAGCCGCCCCCCUUCUAGAUACUAUACCCACACCUUUCUAUCUCAGAAGACACAACUAGACCACUCUUUACUGUCUUUAUGUAACGCAUUUUUUUUUUGUCUUUCCUUCUAAUCGAUCGCCAGUCUUGUAUGUGUGUCUCUGUUCGGUGGAGGGAUUGUCUUUCUUAAUGACAUCUCUGCGAAACUUUUUCUUUUUGUGUUUGAAUUUGUGUGGGGUUUCUUCUAUUCACCCUUUCAGCCCCGACCCAAAAUCACUUCAACUUCAUUUCACAGCAUCCUUUCGGCGUAUUAUUAUGUGUACCGUCGCGUUGGUACUCUAUAGAAUGUCGCUGUCUACUCAUUUAAUAAAUCUUUUUCUAAUACCUUUA